AUGACAGAGGAGAGAAAGAGGAAGAAGAGAAAGAGCAGAGAAACCUGGGGGAAGCUGCAGUACUUCAUUGACUAUGACUUUGAGAACCACAAAGGUGCUGUAUCACGUUCACCUGAUGAAACUCUGACCCUGACCAAUGCCCCGCCCUCUCCCUUCCAUCAGCUCACAGUUGGCAUCCUCCAAGCUGCGGAUCUCAUGUCCAUGGAUUCAGGCGGGACCUCAGAUCCUUACGUACGCGUCCUUCUCCUACCCGACAAGAAGAAAAAGUUUGACACCAAAGUCCACAAGAAAACGCUAAACCCUGUUUUCAACGAGACAUUUGUAUUCAAGGUGCCCUACGAAGAGCUUGGAGGGAAGACGUUGGUGAUGUCUGUUUAUGACUAUGACCGAUUUUCAAAGCAUGAUGUCAUUGGAGAGGUGAAACUGCCGAUGAACACCAUUGACCUCGGGCGGCCGAUCGAAGAGUGGAGGGAUCUGGAGAGCGCAGAUCAAGAAGAGCCUGAGAAACUAGGAGACAUCUGCAUCUCUCUCCGUUAUGUCCCCACGGCUGGAAAACUCACCGUCUGCAUCCUUGAGGCAAAGAACCUGAAGAAGAUGGAUGCCUGUGGAUUAUCUGAUCCCUAUGUAAAGAUCCAGUUGCUGCAGGGAGGUAAGCGUCUCAAGAAAAAGAAGACUACAGUGAAGAAGAACACUCUAAACCCGUACUACAAUGAAUCCUUCAGCUUUGAAAUCCCCCUGGAACAAAUGCAGAAAAUCUUGGUGGCAGUCACAGUGUUUGAUUACGACAAGAUCGGCAAGAAUGACGCCAUUGGAAAGAUCUUUGUGGGCAGCAAGGCGACGGGCUUAGGUCUGAAGCAUUGGUCCGACAUGUUGGCGAAUCCCCGUCGCCCCAUUGCCCAAUGGCAUGCAUUGCAGCCAGAGGAAGAUAUCGACGGUCAGCUGGCAGCCUUAGCUGCAAAGAAGUAACUUGUAUCACCCACCAGCUAAUGCACUAUCUCAGAAAUCAACCCCCCGCCCCCUCCGCUGCCCUACCUUGCAUGAAACCAGUGAUUGAGCACGUGACUCUUGGUCACUUCAAAGCAUAGCAAAAAACA